AAAUAGCAACAAAGUUGUUCACAAACCACUUUGUGGCUUGCCUUUGGUUUCAGCCAGCUUCAGCAACUUGUUGCCAUGAGGAAAACAACCUGCGCUUUUCUCGCGGGCUGGGGAAGGGCCGCUGCCCAGUGAAGGGCUCCCGACCCAAGGUGCAAAGGGGUGCCAUGGUACCUGGGCAGAGCACAGAGGAGCUCGGCCGACAGAGCCAGACGAUGAGAGCAGGGGAGGAUGAGGAGAGUAGCCGGGGCAGGCGCCGCAGCAGCCAUCGCCAGCUCCGCGGGCUCCCGGCCACAGCAGGCUGUGGAACUUUUACUUUUCUGUCUUCUGCUGUUGCUGCUGUAAGUGGACUUCUGAUGGGUUAUGAGUUGGGCCUUAUCUCUGGAGCAAUUCUUCAGAUAAGCAGCAUAUUAGCACUGUCUUGCAAAGAGCAGGAAAUCAUUGUAAGUUCCCUGCUUUUUGGGGCCUUAUUUGCAUCCCUUACUGGUGGAUUCCUGAUAGACCGAUUUGGAAGGAGACUUGCUAUUAUUGUUGCAUCUUCCUUACUGGUAUUGGGGAGCCUGAUAUUACUGCCCUAUGAAUCAUAUGGGAUACUUAUUGUGGGACGGAUUGCCAUAGGUACUUCCAUAUCAUUGUCAUCAAUUGCAACAUGUGUUUACAUCGCUGAGAUUGCCCCAGAGCACAGAAGAGGCCUGCUUGUAUCAUUAAAUGAACUCAUGAUUGUGAUAGGCAUCCUCUUUGCCUAUAUUUCAAAUUAUGCAUUUGCCAGCAUAUCUCAAGGUUGGAAGUACAUGUUUGGCCUUGUGAUUCCAUUAGGUGCUUUGCAGGCCAUUGCUAUGUAUUUCCUUCCUCCAAGUCCUCGGUUUCUCAUAAUGAAAAAUAAUGAUGAAGCUGCAAGAAAAGUACUGGAGAGGUUACGGGAAACAUCAGAUGCUACUAAAGAACUUACUGUAAUCAAGUCUUCCCUGAAAGAUGAGCAUCAGUAUAGCUUCUUCGACUUGUUUCGUUCAAAAAACAACAUGAGGGCCCGAAUGCUGGUAGGACUCACUCUGGUCUUUUUUGUGCAAACAACUGGGCAACCCAACAUUUUAUUUUAUGCAUCAACUGUUUUGAAGUCAGUUGGAUUCCAAAGCAACGAAGCUGCCAGCUUGGCUUCUACUGGAGUUGGAGUGGUUAAAGUGGUCAGCACAGUCCCCGUCACAGUCUUUGUGGAUCAAGUUGGAAGUAAAACUUUUCUUUGUAUUGGCUCUUCUGUUAUGGCAGUAUCAUUGAUCACUAUGGGAUUAGUGAACCGUAACAUACAUGUGAAUUUCACCAGUGUUUGUCGAAGUCAAUCCCUGGAGGAUUUAUUUCUACAAAGACUGGGAAACCUCACUAGUGUCACUAAUGGGAGCCUCAAGGACCUAUUUGCCAGCAUGACUUCACCAGAAAUACUAACAUUUGAUGUGCAGAGAAGCCCAGAUGUUGCCAGGACAGGAGAAUGGAACAGGACUGCCCUGGCAGGAGGCAAAAGCACAACAGAAUCUCACGUGGAGAAUGGGGAGGUUCCCAUUGUCCUGAAAUGGCUCUCACUGGCCAGUCUGCUUGUUUAUGUUGCUGCAUUUUCCAUAGGUCUUGGACCAAUGUCCUGGCUGGUCCUGAGUGAAAUUUUCCCUGGUGGGAUCAGAGGACGGGCCAUGGCUUUGACAUCUAGCAUGAACUGGGGUAUAAAUCUCCUCAUCUCCUUGACAUUUUUGACUGUAACUGAGCUCAUUGGCUUGUCCUGGGUGUGCUUCAUUUACACAAUAAUGAGCCUGGCAUCCCUGGCUUUUGUUAUUGUGUUUAUACCAGAGACCAAAGGAUGUUCUUUGGAGCAAAUAUCUGAAGAAUUAGCUAAAGAGAAAUAUGUGAAGAGCCCCUUGUGCUGGGUGAGCCAGCGCAGGGAGAAACUGGUGCCGCUGGAGCUUGCCAAGAUAAAGAAGGAGCAGCUCUACUAGACCCAAGGCAGUCAAAGCAGCCUUCACCAAAAGACUGAUAAAAAGAACAACAACAAAACAGAGUUUGGUGAUGUUCACCCUCUGAUGGUACACAUGGUAUCUUUCUUAUACACAAGAUAUUCUUUCAUUUCUUAAUAGAGCUUUCAGUGGCAGUUUACAGCCAACAUUAAAGAUUGUUGUAGUUUAUAACUCGAUGGAAAUAUAGGUUCUGUCUGUUUCAAACCACCAUCCCUCAACUUCUCCUGCUGUUGCUCACCUCAUACA